AUGAGUAUUGAUUAAAUUCUUAAAGAUUAAGAAUAAGAAUGGUGGUAAGCAGGAAAAGAAGAUGAAUAUAAUGUAUUAAAUAAAAUUUAGAGAACUUCUUGUCGACCAAUAUAGAGGAAAUAUUUGGAAUGUUUGAAACAUAAUUUUGAUGAACAAAUGAUUUGUGAUUAAUUCAAAAAAGACAUGGAUAAUUGCUUAAGUAUAUUGUAAUAUAUGAAAAUAAAGGAGAUUCAGAAAAAAUUGAUUAAAUGA